AUGCGCAAGUUACUAGUGUUAGCCGCAUUUUUCUCAGGUGCUUUGUCACAGUUAAAAUUAGAAGGAAAAUGUGACCUGCAGGCGUUGACAAAUGGGGCAAAGAUAGAUAUGAAUCGGUUCAGCGGCGUUUGGUAUCAUAUAGCCAAAAUACCAAACUGGCAAUAUGGAGAAUGCAGUUCGAUGACGAUUACUAUGAAUAGUGAUUCCACGAAUGGAGAAGCAGUAACGAAUCAUGUCUUUAGCAGAAAGCCGUAUAGCUGGACUGCUAGAAUCCUUGCGAACAGGCCUUCCGAUGGAAUCAUAGAGUUCGCUUAUCCACUUCAUUCCAGAUCGUAUAAGGCGGUAGUUUUAGCCACCGAUUACACAGGAUAUGCGUUGCUGCACGGUUGUUUUGAAGAUUCAAAUAACGAAAAAGAAGUAUACUCCUGGCAGCUGAGCAGAACAAAAACGUUAUCACCGGCACAAACACAAAGUAUAAACGCCGCUAUUGCAAAAGUUCCGGACUACAAUAACGUCCGUUGGUUUCAAAUUCGUCACGAGCAGGCGUAUUGCACGACGGAUGGUCCUCAACCACCACCGCCGCGACCACCAUCACCAUCGCCGUCACAUGCCGCAACAUCUGGUGUAACGGCACUGAUAGCACCAUUAGCCCUUUAUCAUUUGCUGAACAGUCUACGGCAUUUAUAA